AUGGAACAACCAAAUACAAUACCGGUGGCAAAGAGGAUAUGGGACAUAGUACGGGUGUUGUUCUACAUGAUCAGGAAAGGCAUAUCGAACAGAAAAUUACUGGUGGAUCUUAAGAUGAUGAUGAAGCGUGGCAAGAUCGCCGGCAAGGCCAUACACAACCUCAUGUUCCACCACCACCACCACCACCACAGCAGCGCCUCCUCCUCCGGGCACGUGUCCUUUUAUGGCCCGCGCGAGUACGAGUUCAGUUGCAGCAACAGCCCCGCCGCGGCCUUCCCUUUCCACCUCAUGAAGCGCAACAAGGGCCAUGGCAACGGCAGCUCGCACUUCUUCCCCUGCGCCCACGCGCCGCCCACCGAGGACGACCGGGUCCUGACGGUCGACGCUGUGCGGCGGGUGCUCGAGAUGAUGGAGAGGACCGAGGCUGCCGACGACGCUUCGCCCAUGACCGCGAUGGCCACCCCCAUGUCCAGCUUCUGGCAGAGCCCCGCUGCGCGUGACUUGAUCUACAGCGAGCUCUCGUCGCCGGCCUUGCCGGGGUUCGGGCGCACCCCGAUGGCCAGGCAGCUGAGGAUAACGGACUCGCCGUUCCCGUUGCGGGACGGGGAUGGCUGCGGGGACUCCCACGUGGACGAGGCCGCCGAGGAGUUCAUAAGUAGGUUUUAUAAGGAGUUGAAGAAGCAAAACAAGAUGGGUACUCUACAACGCUGA